CGGGGCGCAUUACGGAGCAAGAUGGCGCUCUUGCUGUCAGCACCUCGGACAGCACCGGCGGCUCGCGCGCAAACCCCGCUCCUCUUUUAAAUUCUAAUUGAUUUCUAUCAAUUGAGGCGGCACCCACGUGACAAAACCCCUGCGGGUCGGAGCUGUGGGGUGGUGGGAGAACUUCCAGGUGAAGCUGUGGGGGAGGAGCGAGGAGCUGCUGUCAAACUGGACUCCUCGUCUUCAUCCGAACCAAGUUACUCGGGAGAAGAACGGAAAAGGGGGGGGAUUCAGAUCAGCUGGUUUAAAUAGACAUAUUUUGGGGGGUGGGAGAGAUGAGGCGACGUGUUGCGGAGUCACGGCGGAGCCACGGCAGAAAUGAAGCUCUGAUCUCCCGUUUUCCUGUCCUCUGAGUCCCGCAGUGUUUCUUCCUGGUUCUGCAGCUCCAGCUGGGAAGAUGCUGGCGCUCCUGGCCGCGAUGUGCUCGGCGCUGUUCAUCCCGGGCUGCGCCCUCAGCUCGCAUUUCAACCCAGAUGGCGCUCCACUGAGCGAGCUCUCUUGGUCGUCCUCUCUGACCGUGGUGGCCAUCUCCUUCUCGGGUCUCUUCACCUUCGUCUUCCUCAUGCUGGCCUGCCUCUGCUGCAAGAAGGGCAAGAUGGGCUUCAAGGAAUUCGAGAAUGUGGACUGUGACGAGUACCACGCAGACAUGUCCACCUUGGCCUCCACGGUCUCCCAGGGCACUCCGGACGUCUACGUCCUGCCGCUCACCGAGGUUUCCCUGCCGACCACCAAGCAGCCGGCCCGAUCUGCCCAGCUGCUGAAGUCCUCUGAACUGACUCGCCACAGUCUGCUCUACCUGAAGGAGAUCGGACAUGGAUGGUUCGGGAAGGUUCUGCUCGGGGAGGUGAACACGGGCCUGAACACCACCCAGGUGGUGGUGAAGGAGCUCAAAGUCAGCGCCAGUGUGCAGGACCAGAUGCAUUUCCUGGAGGAAGCUCAACCCUAUCGCACGCUCCAGCACCCGGCUCUGCUGCAGUGCCUGGCCCAGUGCACUGAAGUCACUCCCUACCUGCUGGUCAUGGAGUUCUGUCCACUGGGGGAUGUGAAGGGUUACCUCCGAAGCUGCAGGUCGAAUGAGGCGAUCACCCCUGAUCCCCUGAUUCUGCAAAGGAUGGCCUGUGACAUUGCAUCAGGACUGCUGCACCUGCACAAACACAACUUCACCCACAGCGACCUGGCUCUGAGGAACUGCCUGCUGACUGCUGACAUCUCGGUGAAGAUCGGAGAUUACGGUCUGGCGCACACAAAGUAUAAGGAUGAUUUCUACGUGACCUCGGAUCAGACGUAUGUGCCACUGCGCUGGAUCGCCCCUGAGCUGGUGGAUGAGGUUCAUGGAAACCUGCUGUUAGCUGAUCAGACCCAGCAGAGCAACAUCUGGUCUCUUGGUGUGACCAUCUGGGAGCUGUUUGAGCUGGGAAACCAGCCCUAUAGACACUACUCUGACAGACAGGUCCUGACGUAUGCUGUAAGAGAGCAGCAACUGCGACUUCCCAAGCCGCUGCUCAAAGUUCCCCUGGCUGAGCGCUGGUAUGAGGUGAUGCAAUUCUGCUGGCUCCAACCUGACCAGAGACCCAAUGCAGAGGAAGUCCACCUGUUGCUCAGCUAUCUGUGUGCAAAAGGGGCCAGCGAGGCCGAAGAGGACUUUGAGAGGCGCUGGAACUCACUGCGUCCCAACGCUGGAUUCAACGGUCACCACACCGCCUCAACGAUAUCUAGAGACCAACCCUCCUUAACCUCCUCUUCCUUCCCUUUACUGGAGCAGUUUUCAUCUGGUGAUGGCUACCAUUCAGAGUCUGGAGAUGACAUACUUACAGUCACAGAGACCAUCCAUGGCCUGAACUUUGAGUACAAGUGGGAGCAAGCCAGAGCAGAGUCAUCCUACAUAUCCCAAGAGUCCUCAAGUACUUCUGCUCAGGCCAACCAUCAUUGUCCAGAAGUGUUUUAUCCACCAGGGGGCAUUGUUGGAGGAUGUCCCAUGGAGAGCCUAAGCCACGGAGUUUCUCCUACCUCCUAUCAACCAAAACACUUGCAUCCUCCCAGUGUGCUCCCUGUCCUCAGCGCCCAUAGUCCCUCAGUAAGCAGUGAAUAUUACAUCCGUAUUGAGGAGCCUGUGGACUGUAACAUGGAUCCAGAUUACAACAUGUGCUCCUACAGCCCAGACUACCAGGGCAGCAGCGGGAGCUUCCUGACUGGCAGUGCAGACUCUGGUGAAUGCAUGGCCUGCCCAUCACAGACCAAAACCAUGGGUCCUUACUGGUCUGCUGACAUCCAUAAAUCUGAUCUGUAUGACUCCAAUGAUUCAAGUCCAGCCAUCUCCUUGACAAUGGAGCCUCUUUUAGGUCAGGUUUCAGACAGCAGCCCCCUUCGACCAUGGGAGUCAAGUCACUAUGUGUCCUAUAAAGACAGAGAUGGGGGCUACUACUAUGAGCACUCCCCUCCUUUAGAAAUUGAUCCUUAUCUGGUUGGAAGUGAGCAUUCCAGUGAGCAUCUCCAAGAAAGCUGGGGGUCAAGAAGCCUUCGUCAGGCUUUAGGAGAACUGGAGAACCCUCUGGGUAUAUCCCCAUCUGUGACCAGUCCACCUGAACAGGCCUACAGAGCGACAUACCUGGACACCAGCCAAACCUCUCUCUUAGGGAAGAACAUGACAGGGGGCUACUAUGAUAUGAUGGGCUCUUUAAGGAAGACCAUGCCUAGUCACACGAGACACAAUAGCCACUCAGUCAGUAUCAACAUGAAGACCGGAGGCGCGCUCUUCAUCGGACACAGAGACAGUGACACAGAAGAAGAAGAGGAGGACAUAUUUCUCGAGAGACACACCUGCAACACGUGGCCUUCGAAACACAGGCACAGCAGCGGAGGACACCACAGGCGGGCGAGCCACAGCUGCAGACAAGACUCUUACACCGACUUCAACUACACCAUGCCAAGUACAGACAUCGAAGACACCUGGCCGGACCAGCACAGCCUGGCUUUUCACUCUCUGCCCAAACCCAUCGACUAUUUAGAGCCACACCAGGCCAAAGAUAACAAUGCCUGCCUCAGCCUGAGUAAACAUCACACCAUGGUGCCCUCAGACAACUGCAAUGCCUACAUCUACCUGUGCCAUGAAGGGGAGACUCCGGAGACACCAUCUGGAGAGUGCUGCCACACCCAUUUUGUUGAUCCACUCACUGGUUUGUUAGUGAGAAACAACGACUACUGUCACAGCUACAGUCACAGCAGCUACAUCACAGACAAGACCACUGAUAUUCUCAGCAGUGAGGAGAUGAUCAAUCUGUCACCGGCUCCAGGGGGUCCCGUUGUUUCCAAACACACUUUGAUAAAGGCUGACGACUGUGAAGAGGACUAUAUUAAUCCUUCAUCUGAAGAAACGGCACUUACAGAGAAGCGAGAGGAAGUAAUCAAAGAAAAUCUGAUCAUGCAAAAUCCACCAGAACCUAGAAAAGAAGAGGUAACUCUGACGAUGACUAAAAACACUCCACCUCCUCCUGAUAACAGGCACGUAAUGGUUUCCAUCACAGAUCCCCAGUCGGAGCUGAGCCACACAGCCGACAGCGGCAUGGACCAGGCCGGCUCCACCGUAAGUCUCAUUGACAUCCUCGACUGCAGCGACGAAGAAGAAGACAUAACAGACGACAUCACUGAUGUGACUUCAGGCAUCUUCGCCGAUGAGGGCAAUGAACUGAACGUAUCUCCCGCUUUUAAAUCUUUGCAGAAGCAGGUAGGAACUCCUGAUUCCAUGGACUCAAUGGAUCUGCCAUCUGCUGCUGGAUCUUGUGAAGGUCUCAGCCCUGCUUCUUCCCACCCUUCCAGCUCACCUAAAGCCAUGGACAGCGGAUAUGAUACAGAGAAUAAUGAGAGUCCGGAGUUUAUCCCCAAAGAGUCCCAUGACACCCGAUCACAACCUCAGGGAAAGCCUACCUUGGAUACCGGUCUAGAGGAAGUUCAGGAGAACCAAGAGGAAGAGGAUAAAGCAGAGGUUCAACCAUCAUUGGGUCAAGGUUCGAUUUUGGACAGCUCACAGACAGAAGACCACAUUCUUUUACCACUGAGUGACAAGACUCCAUACAGAGACUCUGCCUACUUUUCAGAUUAUGAGAAUGAAAAGCAAAGUCGAGAUGAGGAGAGGGAUCGCCAGCUGAAAGAAAUGGAUCAUCACAGUGAUGUAGAGAAACACCAUGUCGGAGGAAAAAAGGCAGAGAAAAGGAAAAGUGGAGAGGAGGAAGAACUAAAAGAUGGAGUGGUGAACAAAGAUUUAAAACUUGACGUGGACCACGAUCCAAAAGGCAGAGCCGAAUCUCUUCCUCCAGGGACAAGCUUGACAGAGAAUGAGGAACCUUCAGAUUCUGCCUUCAAAGCAGAGGCGAUACUGGAUGAAUGGCCAUCCCAUGAAGAGAGCUCAGCCUUAGGCGACUGGGCAGCUGAGGUGGUGGGGGCCAUGGAGGAAGCGCUUGGUGCCCUCAAUGGAGAUUCUUCUUCCAGCUUUAAGGAAGAGAAGGACAUGGAGGACAAAACAGAUUCUGUUGAGGCUGGCAAAGUCGAGGAAAUGCCAAUGAAAACAAAUCACAAAAGGCCAUCAGGAAUGUCCGGAGAAAUCCUGUACGUCUUACCCAAAGACGAGGUAGCGCUGCAGCACACAGCUAACAGCAGGAGGUUCUCUUCCUCCUCUCCUGUCUCUCCUUCCACCCCACAACCUCCACUUCCUGCGACAGAGGGCCGAUCGUCUCCCGCUGACGGCGAGGAGGCCGACGAGGAGGACGCAGACACCGAUGACAGCGACGAUUCGGAUGAGGAGCUGCGAAGCUACAGCGCGCAGGAGGAGGAGGAGGAGGAGAGUGAGGAAGAGUGCCACCCCGUGCCCAUAGUGGUGAGCGACAACAGCGAGGCUCACAAACUGCGGAGCCUCCUCAAGAUGCCGAGCCUGGCUGCAGAGAAUCUGGAGGAGGACCAUAAGAAGAAGACGGUUUCUUUCUUUGAUGACGUUACCGUCUACCUGUUCGAUCAGGAGAGUCCAACUAAGGAGCUGGUUGAACACGGCUUCCCAUUAGCAUCCGAGGGUUCGAGCUCUGGGAGAAAAUCCCAGGAAAGACCUAAUAUCUCAGAUGAUUCUUCAGAUGGGAACAUCUCGGAGGAGAGUGAGUGCGCAGGGUUUGAGUGGGAGGACGACUUUCCCCUCCUACCUCUGCCCACAUCCUCGACAGCAGCCGACUCUCCUCCGCCUCGCGCCGUCGCCAAGGCUCCGGAGCCCAAACCGGCCAUCCAGUUGUCCCGGUUCACCGUUUCCUCAUCCAACGUGUCUCGGUUUUCCAUCACUCACAUUUCUGACUCUGAUAUGGACUCGGCAGGAGGAAGCGGUGAAGAUGGAGAUAAGGAAUAAAAAGCAGUGGAUCUUUACUGGCUCUGUGACAACAGCUGGACCUAUUUUAGCAUGACUUCAGAUUUUUUUUUUGUCAUUAUUAUUAUUAUUAUUAUUGUAAUGUCAGGUUUUCCAAACACAAGACAGUGCCUCUUACCGCCUGCGGACACUUUGAACAUAAAGCCCUCUUACCAACAUGUAACACUGACCUGAGUGUAGUUUAGAAUACUGAAAAGACAACGAAUAUCACAUUUUGUGAAGGACAUAUGAAAGAUGAACUUAUUAAGGAGCCAUGUAUAUUUUUGGAUCAAAGGCAUCUUGGACGAAGAAAGGACACAUUUGCCACCUUUUUAAUUUUUUCCAUUCGUAACAAUGUGGAGCCGAUCUUCACUGAAACGGGAUGAAAACGAAACUGCUGCCAGAUUGUUGUCGAGUAAAAACAUCCACUUUGUGGCUUUUUAACAACGGACGAGCACCUUGAACAAGACUGAGCAGCUUAAGACUUUCUACUUUUUAGCAAAUGUUUUACUUGUACUGAUAAACAUCAUGAAUGCUUGAGGCAUCACCUGUAAUAUAAUGUUAAUAUUUGGUUUCAUUCAGAGAGAACGGACACUGUUGUGCGAAAGGAAACGAAGCUGUCUGGUGAUAGACUGAACUGUAGGUCUACUAUGAACUAGUGUUUGAGACUUUUCUGUUUUACAAAUAGAACAUCCUCGCCACCAAACCGAGUCCAUGACGCCCAAAAGCUGGAAGUAAGAGAUAACUCAAUUACUUUUCUUUAACAGUUCAUAGUUUCAAUAACCUAAAAGCUGCUAAGAAUGAUUCAGGACGAGAAACAGACGCUAGUUAUAUCCAACAUCAGGAGCUUUUCGUGUUUGUAUAUUUUCUGUUUAAACUGAGAAUCGAUUCGCCUGCAAGACGGGUUUGCUUCUAGUUAAUCUGAACACAUAAAGGUUCUUCAUCACAUUGAUGCAAAGAUCUUGUAAUUCCAGAGCAGAUGGGAAGCUCUAAUGUUCACUGAUCCACAGUCCAGGUUGGCAGCAGCACCAAGCAGCACCAAGCAGCGCUGCGGUGAUGCGUUUCUGGAACUUUAUGAUUCACUACGUCAAGAACAACGCCUUCAGCUUGACGGCUGUGAAAGCAAAGGAAGCGCCAGAGUUAUAACAACAACUACAUCAUUGGGAUCAACUUUAAAAAGAUUGUUUUGAUUUUCCUAGAUUACAUCGUUCAUAUUAAAACUUCAAAUCACCUCAUAAUCAAUUGUGCUUCUUAUAAUCCAUCCAUCUAUCUUUAGCCACUUAGAGACCCUCAGACCUCCCCAGGUUUUUCUUUCUGCUCAUCUACAAGAACUUUAAGACGUUUCCUAACGCAGCUGAGAGUUUCGAUGUCCAGCUGGUCUUUGGUCUGCACUAAGGCCUUCUACUAGUGGAACAAAUCCUUAAUGGAUCCCAAAAAGCUUUCCUCUUUCUGCCUGGAUGAGGUCGGUCACUCUGCAUGAGGAAAUUAAUUACAUGUAGACUUGUUCUUUUGGUCAUUACCCAAAACUCGUUAACACAACUGGGGGUUAUUUUAACCUUUUAGACCAGUACGUAUUCUUCGUCACCACAGACGUUGCACUAAUGCGUCUGUUAAUGUCUGGCUUCAUUCUACACAACUUUAUCACCAAUUCAGUUUCAACCAAGACAGUUUCUCAAAUUCAGUUGUAAAGAACAUUUCGGCAGCAUGGUAGUUCUGCUGGAAACCUUUUACAAGUGAAAGGUUUCCUGGUAUGUUCUCAAUCACUAAUGUAAUUCACCAAAAACAUCAUUACUAUCCCACAGCUGGUUUAACAAAAAAGUUUGAUUAAGGUCAAAGAAGAAUACAUUUCUUAUGUCAACCUUCAGAAACUUUAACAAAAAGUAAAAUCUAAGGUUAAUAGCCUUAGAUUUAUCUAAAGACUUGACUGGAUUGUCACUUACUAGUUCUCACGACUAGAUCAGGGUUUGGAAACCUGCGGCUCCAGAGCCCAAAGUGACCAUCUGAUGUAUCCAACAGAUGAGUCUCUUAGUAACUUUGGGUAAAAGUGAUAAAGCCCGAUGAGUAACACUUUAUUCAAAGGGCUGUGCAUAAGACUGACAUGACACGGUCAUAAACAUGACAUCUGUCAUGAACAUGAAGGAGUCUUCAUGAAUGUUUACGACUGUUGUCAUGAAGUGUCAUUUGGUAAAUAAUGACACUUUUAAUGAAAAGAUGCAUUAAAAGUUAAUCAAAAGUGUCAACGUUGCAUUAUCCAAUAAAUAAUGAAACUUUUAAUGCAAAAUCCCAUUAAAACUUGCAUGAAAACUCACUUAAAAAUGUCAACUUUGCAUUAAAAGUGUCAUUAUUUACUGAAUGACAUUUCAUGACAACAGUCAUAACCAUUCAUGAAGACGUCUCAUGACAGAUGUUAUGUUUAUAACCGUGUCGUGUCAGUCUUAUGCACACCCCUUCAAAUAAAGUGUUACCAAACCAACUAAUGUUUUCACAUACAGAUACAACAAAUGCAGUUUUUUUUCUCAUUGAAUGAUUGCAUUUCAGCAACAUAGUGACACUAUAAAAGCAUCUGUAAUAUUUUCUCUUGCCAGCAGAUUGGUAACUAUGUCCACAAAACUUGGCAUCACCUAGAAGAAAAUGCAUCCAUCCACUUUUUUUGCAAAGGUUUUAACUUUUUUUUUCUGGAUUUUAAUAAUGGUUUAAAUGACGUAUUAUUUUCUACAGCAGACAGUGCUGGUCCAUUGACUGAAUAAUCACAGAGUCUAACUGGGUUAAACUUCUGCAAUAAAGGCUGAAACACAGUGGAGAGAGAGAUUGAUGUUCCUGCAAUUAAUUAAAUAUUCACAGUUGACGCUCUGUUUUAAACAUCCAGUGUUUGCGCUCGGUCACUGGUUUGUAGGAGUGACAAAGAAAGUACUUUAUUAUUACUGUAACCUGCUGAUCGUUGGCUACAGUUUUGUUUUCUGACUCUGGGAUUAGCGGAACUGUUGAAACUUUCCACAUUUAAAACCCGAGCCAUACUGUUUUCGGGUUGGACUCAAGGAUUGCAACAGUUUAGUCUGAUUUAUUGUCUCGGCUGAUCAUGAAGUGCGACAAUGCUGUGAUUUUUGUGUUCAAUCUAAAAAAACAAACAAACAAACAAAGAGAAGAGACCCCAAUGUGUUCUCAGAGCCAUUAAAAUGCAGGUUUCUGCUUUUAAACCAACAUGUAGUGUCUUCUAUGUGUUUGCCUUCAGGGGCUUUAAUAUUCUCUGACACUUUAGCAUAGAAACAUCUCGAUGGCUGUCUGUAAUAUUUUUGUAUUGAGAGAAAAAUACUUUUGAGUAUCGAUGAGCUAGUGAGGCAGGGGAACGGACGAAAUAAAGGAAUAUCUCUAUGUUUAUUGUUGCCAAAGACAUGUUGUGUUGUGUUUCAGGGUUAAGUACAACUUGGUGUUUUUACCCCAAAGCAAAGACCGAGGUAAGGAGCAAGACGGCAGCUUUGGUCUGAACCGAUUGUAGAAAUGUGCAGGAGAAGGAUUGGGAUACAGUCUGUAAGAUGUGCCCCCCCACUCUGACCUGUUCAAAUCAUUACUUUCUGUACUUUCUAUUAGAUAUAAAUAAACUCUGGUUUACACAGCUUAA